AUGGGGCCCUCUCCGUCGCCGCCGCAGCCGCCACCGCCGCUUCCGGCGACCGGCCGCCUCCUCGUGCUCUACGCGUCGCAGACCGGCAACGCCAUGGACGCCGCCGAACGUGUUGGGCGCGAGGCCGAGCGCGGUGGCUGCCCGGCCGUCGACGUCCUCUCCAUGGACAGCUUUGACCCCAGUUGCUUGCCGGGCGAAAUGUCCGUGGUGUUCGUCGUGUCCACCACGGGGCAGGGCGAUCCCCCGGAUUCCAUGAAGGGGUUUUGGAGAUACCUUCUUAAGAAGGACCUUGGUGCCAGGUGGCUGGAAGGGCUCCGUUUUGCCGUAUUUGGGCUCGGCGAUUCGGGCUACCAGAAGUACAAUUUACCUGCAAAGAAGAUCGAUAGAAGGCUUUUACAACUUGGUGCAGAAAUAAUCAUAGAGAUAGGCUUGGGAGAUGACCAACACCCUUCAGGAUAUGAAGGAGCUCUAGAUCCUUGGUUGCUGUCUUUGUGGGAAUCGCUGAAUAAAGCAAAUCCGUCACUUCUACCAAGAAUAACUGAUAUCAUUAAUCCUAAUUUGAAUUAUUUGGGGGAUUCAAAGAUCGAAGUCAUAUAUUACUCUUGCAAUGAUACCCCUCCAGAUUCCAUUGUUUCAGAUUCUGUCAUUUUUUCAUCAGACUCCAAGAAAUUAAUCAAGAGAGCACGCUUAAUGUCCCCUGCUCUGAAGUUCCAUAGUGAUGGAGAGCCACAAUACAUGUUAAAGAUGGUAACAAAUCAGCGUUUGACUAAGGAGGAUUAUGAGAAAGAUGUGCGCCACUUUGAAUUGGAAGAUCCAUCUUCAGGGAUCAGCUAUCAAGUUGGCGAUGCGUUAGAAAUUCUACCAAGUCAGAAUCCAUCAGCUGUUAAUGCUUUCAUUGAACGCUGUAACUUGGAUCCAGAUUGUUACAUAACGAUUAGAGCAAAGGGAGGGGAUGAAGUUCCCAACGGUUCACUUCUGAAUGGCUCGAUGGGUCGCAUCAAGUUAAGCACCUUUGUUGCUUUGACAAUGGAUGUUGCAUCAGCUUCCCCUCGUCGGUAUUUCUUUGAGAUCAUGAGCCAUUUUGCAACAGCUGAACAUGAAAAGGAAAGGCUUCAGUAUUUUGCUUCUCCUGAAGGUAGAGAUGACCUCUACCAGUACAAUCAAAAGGAGAGUCGGACUGUUCUAGAAGUACUGGAGGAUUUUCCCUCGGUGCACAUGCCUUUUGAAUGGCUGGUGCAACUAACUCCUCCAUUGAAGAAACGGGCCUUUUCCAUAUCAUCAUCGCCAUUAGUACAUCCAAAUCAGAUACACUUGACUGUUAGUAUUGUAUCAUGGCUUACUCCUUUCAAGAGGACAAGGCAGGGUCUCUGCUCCACAUGGCUGGCAGGUCUCAGUCCAAAUGAAGAAAAUCUUAUACCAUGUUGGGUACACAAAGGAUCCCUGCCUCCUCCCAAGCCAUCGAUUCCUCUUGUACUUAUUGGACCAGGAACAGGAUGUGCACCAUUUCGAGCAUUUGUGGAGGAAAGGGCUGCACAGAGUGCGAGAGAAUCAACAGCUCCCAUUCUGUUCUUUUUUGGCUGUAGAAAUGAAGACAACGAUUUUCUGUACAAGGACUUCUGGUUGAAGCAUGCCCAGGACAAGGGAGUGCUGUCCCUGAAAGAGGGCGGUGGUUUCUUUGUUGCCUUUUCCAGGGAUCAGCCUCAAAAGGUCUAUGUACAACAUAAGAUAAAGGAGCAGAGUGCAAGAGUGUGGAACAUAUUAUGCUCUGGGGCUGCAAUAUACGUUGCAGGGUCUUCUACCAAAAUGCCUGCUGAUGUUACAGCUGCACUAGAAGAAGUUAUCCGCCAAAAAGGUGGUGAGGCUGCUUCAGGAUGGCUCAGGAAACUGGAAAGGGCUGGUAAAUUUAACAUUGAAACGUGGUCGUGA